AUGGCUCCGGCUCCAACCCCCAAAUCGGUCCUGAUCACCGGCUGCUCCGCGGGUGGAAUUGGUGCAGGGCUAGCCGAGGCCUUCCAAGAAAAGGGAUAUCAUGUCUUCGCAACCGCACGCACACCAUCCAAGAUCUCACCCUCACUUGCAGGAGAAGCGAAUGUCACCGUCCUGGCGCUUGACGUGCUGUCUGUCGAAUCAAUCUCCGCGGCUGUUGAGAGUGUGUCGAAGGAGACCGGCGGCAAGCUCGAUGUGCUCAUCAACAACAGCGGCGCAGUGACGAUAAUGCCGGCUUUGGACGUAUCGAUCGAGGAGGGCAAGAAACUAUUCGACGUUAACUACUGGGCAGUCCUCGCUAUGAUCCAGACCUUCGCUCCGCUGUUGAUCAAAGCAAACGGGUAUGUUGUGAAUAACACAUCUGUGGCAGGGGUGCUGCCUUUCGGCGCAUUUGGGUCUAUCUACAACAGCUCCAAAGCCGCUGCUAUUCUCGGGAGCGAAUCAUGGCGUCUCGAGCUUGCACCUCUUGGAGUCCGUACCCUGACGCUCGUGACCGCGGCCGUCAAGACCAACGCCUUCGCUAAUAUGAGCCCGCCGACAAUCCCUGAGAACUCGUACUACCAUGCGCUCCAAGGCUAUGUUACAGAAUUGAGCGAUGGCAGACUACAAAAAGAUGGGAUCACCCCAAAGGAGUAUGGUGACAGAGUUGUCCGAGAGGUUGAAAAGGGUACGACGGGGAAAGUGUGGAUUGGUGGAGGCGCAGCGUCUGCACGUUUGGGGUCAUGGCUGUUCCCGGACUGGAUGAUGGACAAGCUUAUAGGGUCGAUGUUUCCCUACGCCAAGAUGCUACAGAAUCAUCUCAACGGCAAGCAGUGA